ACCCUCCACCCACUGACAGUAGUGUCUGGGAGCGUAAGUUUCCAGACAGUUUCGCGCACCUUUAGACCAGCCAUGCUGAAAGCUGUGGGUCAAGCUCUCUUCUCAAGCGGACUGCAGAAUCCUCACUUCACAGCGGAGAAGAAAGAGGCACAAGACUAUGAGAUUCGAACCUACCACGCCACUAAGUGGGUGAGCACCACUCUGAGUGGGAUGCAGUGGGAUGAUGCCAUGAGAACUGGCUUCAGCAGGCUCUUCAGUUACAUUCAAGGCAACAAUCACAACAAGGUGAAAGUGGAGAUGACGGCUCCUGUGUCCUGCCGCGUGGACCCUGGGGCCGGUCCGGCAUGUGAAUCUCAGUUCACUGUAUCCUUCUACAUCCCAGAGGAGCAUCAGGACAAUCCGCCAGAGCCGAAGGACCCGGAGGUGUUUGUGGAGCACAGGAAAGAAUUCAGAGUUUAUGUCAGGACCUACGGUGGUUUCUCCAGUGAGAAAAUUAAGCGCGAGGAGCUCCUGAAACUUCUGGAGAGCCUGCAGCGGGACGGAGUCCAAUACGUCGACAAGCCGUUCUACGCAGCCGGGUAUGACAGCCCCUUCAAACUGACCAACCGCAGGAACGAGGUCUGGAUCCUCACAAAGGAGCACGAGUAGGAAGUUUUAAAGGUCACACAACACUCUGCCCACUCAAACUGUAAAACGGCCACAAAAAAAAAAAAAGUUUACAUAAUCUUGGAUGGAUGAAAUGGAAGUUUUAAAUGCGAACAUUUCUGUCUGCUUUGCUUUAUUUCCUUUGACUUAAAGUUACUGAAUGACAGACUCACUCACAGUCUUGAUAAAGAGAGCAAACAAAUGCUCUAAGACAGGCAUGUCCAAACUAUUCCAUAAAGGGCCGUGUGGCUGCAGGUUUUCGUUCCAACCAAGGAGGAGCACACCAGGCCAACCAAUCAACAUCAAGGGAUCCCUUAGUUAUCAGCUGAAGACUGAGAUCAUCUGAUUAAUUGAUUCCAGCCUGGUGUGCUCCUCCUUGGUUGGAACGAAAACCUGCAGCCACACGGCCCUUUAUGGAAUAGUUUGGACAUGGCUGCUCUAAGAGGUCGUCAUGACCAACUACCAAGUGGAAUUACAGUGGAACAGUGUUUCCAGCAGGUGGAGCCAAACAGUCAGGAAACAGCUUUUCUCAUUUGGUGCAUCUUUUCACCACAGAAACCAUUAAGUGCCACCUCAUUUUUAAAUGAGUGACAGGAAAUAUGCUCAUUUUCAGCCUUUGUUUUGUACGUGAUGCUAAUUACCGUUUAUUCAGUGAUCCUUCAAGAGAAAAAACCCCAAACAUUUUGUUGCUGUAAUUGUUCCUCCUGUCCACACUGGCUGCAGAGAGAUCACCUCCUAUGUGGGUCAAAGUCCACAAUCCUCUCCUGCAUAAAAAUGUUCUCUGAAAUUGAACCAAAGCCAAUAUGAAGCUCUGACACAGUUAGUGCAAAAUGUCCUCUUUGUGUCACGGCUGCUCAUCAGUGAGAUUGCAUUUACAUGAGAACCACCUUAGGAAGAGAUCCCUCUGUGGCCAGGAGGAGCAGCUCCAGCCACCAGUAACACUUUCAAUGCACAAACGUGUUUAAAGGUGAACUUGAGAAAAUGUGAACCCAUCAUUUAACGUUGCAGCUCACGCGAAAGGUCUGAGAGCAUUUUUUUUUUCCCCCCUCUUGUCAGCCAGUGGUCGAGCUGUGAAGGUGACAAAACACCUGCCUGGAAAAAUGUGGGUGGCUCUGAGUUUAACUGAUCUCAGACCCGACACACUGUCGCCGCCGUCACACUCGUUAUGAUGAGCGACUGAGUCACGGUAAAUCUGGGCCAGUCAUAUGUGCAUCACUGAAGCGUCAGAAAAAAAACAUCCCUCUGAUGAUUUAAUGAGUGUGCAGUUACCUGCCUGUGGGCUCGAAGCUCAGAUCUACCGACAUUCUUGGCACUGGGUGUUUAAGAUGUUAGCAAAGAGUGACACUUACGGGCCAACAUAAACACUGAGCCUUUUUUUAAUCAGAGAUUAUGUUUGUUUGAUACAUUAAAGCUCAUGAUGCAUUAGAAACAGCCCGUUCACUACAUGGAACCCGAUAAGGGAUCAACGACUUGAACCGAUCUAAGAAUCAUGGAAGGUAAUACUUAUUACGUAUUACUUACCUCUAAAUGAUGUUUAAGAAUGUAAAAUUUAUUAUCUCAUCAAUAAUAAAUAUAACUCAGCAUCAAAUGAUUG